AUGGUCGCCGACACGAAACUAUACGACCGGUUAGGCGUAUCGUCGACAGCGACCGCCGACGAAAUCAAAAAAGCCUACCGAAAACACGCCCUCAAGAACCAUCCCGACAAAAACCCGGCGGGCGCGGAGAAGUUCAAAGAGGCGGGCGAGGCGUACGAGAUCCUCUCGGAUCCGGAGAAGCGACGAAAUUAUGACAACUAUGGCUACGACUUCAUCACCGGCAAGGCUGGACCAAUGCCGAACGCAGACGACAUGGGCGGCGGGAAUCCAUUUGCGAGCGCCGGAGGCAUGCCCGGGGGAUUCGGUGGAAUGGGCGGCAUGCCGGGCGGAACCCGAACCUUUCACUUUUCCACUGGUGGUGGAGGUGGAGGAGGGUUUGGAGGAUUCAGCGACCCAAAGGACAUCUUUGCCGAGUUUAUGAGAGGGGGCGGAGCAUCGAUGGGAGGAGGAGGGGGAGACGACAUGGACGACAUCUUCGCUUCCUUCGGCGGCGGCGGCCUAGGUGGGAGACCAGGAGCAGGCGGCCGAACAGCAAGCUCGCCCUUCGCACGGAAACGAGAGGCGGAGCUGGAGACGACGGUGGUGGAGAAGCCACUGCCGGUGUCGCUAGAGGAUCUGUUCAGCGGGACGGAGAAGAGGUUAAAGGUACAGCGAAAGACCUUUGAUCGCCAAACGGGCAAGCGCAGCGUGGAAGACAAGAUCUUGACGGUGCCGAUCAAGAAGGGUUUGAAGGCCGGCAGCAAGAUCAAGUACCCCGACAUGGGGGAUCAGGUGGAAGGCGGGGUGCAAGACCUCCACUUCAUCGUCAAAGAGAAGCCGCACCCGCUCUUCAUACGAGAGGGGGACGAUUUGCGGCACGUGGUGGAAAUUGAUCUGAAAGAAGCACUGACCGGGUGGAAGCGGACGGUGUCGACGAUAGACGGCAAGCAACUGACCGUCUCGGCGGGCGGACCGACGCAGCCCACCUUCGAGGAGCGCUACCCGCAACUGGGGAUGCCGAAGAGCAAGACACCUACGCAGCGCGGUGACUUCAUCGUGGGCGUCAAGAUCAAGUUCCCCGGAAGCUUGACGGCGGAGCAGAAGACGAAACUCAAAGAGAUUCUAUGA